AUGUCUCCUAAACAAUUUACUCUCAUCAUCAACUUAUUUAUAAUUCUGUUGAUAUUAUCAACAUCAAUUGAUUCCAACACUUUAAAUGAACGAGAUAAUAUUGAUUUUACCCCUUCAACAAUUGCUAUCGUUAAUAAGAGUGGUUAUAAUAUAACUCACUUGCCUGUUAGACUUGAAGAUGGACGUUUUGUUAAGCAUGAUGAUCAUGAAAAUAUCGACAUAAACUUGAAAGGAAUUGCCAUUUUCACCAUAAAUGACGGUGGUUCAAGCACUUUCGCUUUAUUCUGGGACGUUCCAACAAUUGGCCCUCCUAAUUACGAGAUCGAAGGAUUGCCUAAUGAAAGAUAUUACAAUGAAAUCAAAUAUGAUCUUGAUAAUACAUUAUAUCAAGUUACAAUUCAUCAAUACGAACAUGUUAAAGUUGCAGUUAAUCAAAACGCUGUUGUGAAUGUGUGGUUUAUCAUUCCCCCAUAUUUUUUCCCACCAUACAUUAUCUUGCUCCAAAAUAAGGUUUAA